GGAGGCGGCGGCAGGUGGCGGCGGAGCGGCGCGAGCCGGCCCGGCCCGGCGGGUGAGUCUCCGGGGGGGGGGGGGGGGCGGCCAGCGGCCGCGCUGACAGCGGCCGCCCGGGAUCGGGGCCGGGGCGUGAGCCGAGGCCUGGCCGGGCGGUAGGCGCCGGCCCCAAACAAAAGGCCGGCGGGCGGAGCGGGCCUUCCGCGGCUCCGUGCCCUGCGGCGGAGGACCGGGUGCCGCCCUCGGGUCCGCGCUGGGGUCCGCGUCCCGCGGUGUCGCUGUUCGCCGCCGAGGGAGGAGGCGGCCGUGCGCGAUCGCGCAGGGCCGCGGCCUGGGCACGGCGGAGGGGCGGGCGGCGGGCCGGGUCUCGGCCGCUGUCCGCCCGCUGUCAGCGCCGGAGCCUCGCAGCCGGAGGGGGAGCGAGGGAUGUCGGCGAGCACAACAGGAAGCGUGUGAGGAGCUGCGAGCGGUGCCGUCAGAUGUAAUGGAAUUGUCAUUUGCCCAGAGAGAUGGAGCUGCAGGACUUCUGAAGGCUGUUGAAUAAGGAAUUGUGUCACUGUCCUCUUAUUUGAGCGCGAAACUGAGGUUUUCCUCACUGAAGUAAAAUGAAAUAGGAUGCGGGCUCCCACUUAUAGCACAGCAGAAGAAACUCAUCUUGAAUAAAUGUAGCAGUUCAAUACCAAAAUGGUUGACUGUUGUGCACUUGACUGUUCUGUAACACGGAUCCAAACCAAUAUGUAAGCUUUUUAAAAUGAACGCGUAGUAAUGCCGUGUAGGGAAUGACAGUGAAUUUGAAGCCUUAUCACAUCAGUGAUUUCUGAAAGUGUUGCAAGUUUAAGACGGAGAGAGGAGGCAGUGAGGUUGUUUACCUGCUGUGCUUUCCAAUGCUUGCUGGCAGUUCCAAAAACACCAGAUAGGAUCCAUACCUUUAGCUGAUACUGUAUUGAUGAUAAUAGGCCUCCAGAUGGGAGAGCGAUUUUGUUUAAUUAUUAUUUUUUCUCCCUUAUGACACAGAACACCACCAGCGUAAAGCAACCACCACCAUCCUUCCUUCCUUUCCCAGUAUUUGGCUCAUGCUGUCCUGUAGAGAAGAGUUCUGGGAUCCUUUUUCCCCUGCUGCUACCUUCCCCCACCCCACCUCCUCGGUAACUGAGAUACAUGUUAGGGAGCCUGAUGGUAACAGUCAAGUAUUGAAUCACAGAAGAGCAUUUACCUUUUAUCAUUUCUUUUGUAGUGCUGCACCUGUUCAGUUUUCAGCCUCUGGCAGACAAAGGAUGAGUUUGUGAUAACUGUUGUAGAGUGGUCUGUCUGGUGUUGCAGGACUUGUGAGAUCACCUUUCAUUUGAGGCGAGGUUUAAGUGAUAGCCUUCAGCAAGUGAGAAGCUGGCUUUAGUUGAAUUUACCGGUGGUGUUUUUUUUUUUCCUAAGAAGCUAAAUUUUAUUUACAAAGAUUUCCUAGAGCCGUAAGUAACAAACACCGCGCUUGUAUUUAAGAUGUGGCUUCUUAUGUAAGUUUCUGGAAAUGUGUUUAUUGUUGCUGUUUUUCCUGUCACUUGUGUCUCCAAAAUAAUAGAGAAGUGAAAAAAUUGCCCUGGCUAUGAUAGGCUACUGAGAAUUUGAUAGGCAGCAGCUAACUGAUCUGACAAGAGAUGGUUUCACUCCACCUCGGCCUAGUAAAAGCUUGAUGUUUUUGUCAAAGAAGACCUCGUGCCAUUUUUGGAUGACGGGUCUGUUAGGAGGAACACCGCUUCAGCAUCCUAACACGGUGUGGAAGAAGCUGGCACAAGGUCCCCCAGCAGGCGUCCUGACAGCCUUCCAAGGAAACAAGGGGCGGUUAACGCUGGCUGAGCCACAGUGUGGCACCAGUUGUUGCCCAGCUGGUGAUGCCAAGUUUGAAUUCCUAUUCCCGGUUGGUGGGAUUGUCCUUCAUCUGUUGUGGGCUGAGUGUUUCAGAGUCGGUGUGCAAUAGGCCUCGUGGGCUUGGUGACUGCGCGGGAGGAAGGGACGCUCGCAGGUUGCCACAGAUAGCGUAACUCCUCGUAUGAGAUGCUUUUCUAGCGUAGGAAGUUAAUUGCUAAGUAUAGAACACGGCUCUCAGCCACUUUACUUCAAAGGAGCAGGAGUCCAGGAAGGGGUGUGUGUGUAACCACAAGUGUCUUUUAUCCCGUUUAGUAAAAUUUCCAGGACUGGCUUAUUAAAUAAAUAACAGUGUAGUGAAGCAUGGAGGUUACCUGAAGUCAGUACGUGAACUAGUUCUUUUUAAUAGCUGUGCAGCGAUUAUGAAGUUGCUGUGCCAUAAUCCUAUAAUUAUGCCCUAAUUGGAUUCUUCUAGGUAUAAUUACAUACGUUAAGUACACGCACGCAUUUUUUUUCCACAAGAAAUCUGUCAGAAAUGACCCAACCUCCUUCUCCCAUCUCCACACAACAUUUGGUCUCACAAUGCGCUACCUCUAAUAGCGGAUUGCAAGAAGUAAUAGAUAAAAGGCUUCGAGUGAUGCCCACAGAUGUGCCAUAGAGCUCCAGCCCUAAGAUGAAGGCCUGAACGCCACAUUCACAGCACUGAGCUUGUUGCAGCUGUCUCUUUGAUCAUAGCAAACACCAUAUCUUGUCUGAGCGGAUUAGUAGAGCCAGAAUUUUAAUGUGAUUGCAGCUCUCCAGAUUGAUGUGUAAAGAAACGAUGAGGGGAGAUCCAUCUUUUGAAAAGGUGCUAGGACAAAUGGAUAGGCACGGUAAUUUUUGCAUUUUUCCUUAGGAACGGUCUCUAAAAAUAGCUGCACUGAAUGCCACGUGAAGCUCAGCUGUAAAGAAAAUAACGUUUGAGUAAUGUGUCUUAGAAGUCCUCUGAACAUUUCAUUCUGAUGUUGUUAGUGAUAAGUGUUCAAUCAUUGGAUAGACUGUGGCACAGAAGAUUAUAAUACAAAGUGUUCCGCGUUCUUUCAGGAAGUUAUUGCUCCUCCGUUUCUCUGUAGACUGUACGUAAGUCUGAUAUGCACUGUAUUUAUGCUGAAAUGAUUCCUUCCUUGAGCAAGUGUUACAAGGAAGGCCCUAAUCAACAGACUGCUCGAAUUGUGGAGAGUGCCUAGGGAAAGUCCUGUGUUCACAUGCACUGUUUUCUCCUCAAACACCUGCUGCCUGUUUAGAGGCAAGAUACAAGACUAGAUAGAUAGUCCUUUGGGAUAACGUGGUAUGAAGUGUUUUUUCUGCAUAUAGAUUUAGGUAGCUGUUUUUACCUUCUAAACUCCCAGAAUGCAAGAAGUCGUAUACUAGAGGUUAAAUUUGCAUUAACAUAACAUACUCCUAUCUUUGAUCUCGUUUCUGCUUUUGUGUACAUAGUUACUUUAUGGAAAUGAGGCAUUGACUUAGUAUGGCUGAAGAUAAUUGCCUUUUGUAAAACUUUAGGAAGAGAUAACUUGCAUAAAUUAAGACGUCAAAAUAAUUGACAUCAAACUGUGGGCCAACAUUGAUAAUUGCAAAAAAUAAGACAAAGUCUGAUGAUAAUAUUUUUGUACAUUGAAAAUAGCCUUUGCCAGGUAAAUGAAAAGAUAGUAAUUCCAUUUCUGUAACAGGACCCUGUUGGUAUAUUUUGCUUGCUCAUACCUCUGUACAACACUGUUGUAAUGGUGAUACUGUUUGCUUUCCAGUAGCGUGCAGAGAAGCCGAAACACAGUAGUGUACCAUUGGGCAGGACAAGGCAGGAAUGAGCCAGCCUUUGGAAGGAGGACCUGCCAUCCUAGCUGGAGACAUCUGAAGAGAGGACAUCUUAGUCCUGUGGCAUGCUCCAGUAGAACUUACUCAGAAGAAGAUGGCUGGCUGUGGUGAAAUAGAUCAUUCAAUCAACAUGCUUCCCACAAACAGGAAGACAAAUGAGUCGUGUGCUAAUGCUGCACCUUCCCUGACAGUCCCUGAAUGUGCUAUCUGUCUGCAAACGUGUGUCCAUCCAGUAAGUCUGCCUUGUAAACACGUGUUCUGCUAUCUGUGUGUCAAGGGAGCUUCUUGGCUUGGGAAACGUUGUGCGCUCUGCCGGCAGGAGAUCCCAGAGGAUUUUCUAGACAAGCCAACCCUAUUAUCACCAGAAGAACUCAAAGCAGCAAGCAGAGGCAAUGGAGAAUACGCUUGGUACUAUGAAGGGAGAAAUGGUUGGUGGCAGUACGAUGAACGUACCAGCAGAGAGCUGGAAGAUGCCUUUUCCAAGGGUAAAAAGAGCACUGAAAUGCUAAUUGCUGGGUUUUUAUACAUAGCAGAUCUUGAAAACAUGGUUCAGUAUAGGAGAAAUGAGCACGGACGGCGCAGAAAAAUAAAACGGGACAUAAUAGAUAUACCAAAGAAGGGAGUGGCUGGGCUUAGGUUGGACUGUGACACUAACAGUGUCAACCUGGCACGAGAGAGCUCUGCUGAUGGUGCGGACAGCACACUGACUGGGGGGGCUGCAGCCGUACAGCCUCUGGUGCCUGUUUCCGCUAGGCCCCUGCCAUCACUGGAUGGUCAGCUCAUGAGUCCUUCGACACCCUCUCCUGAUGCAAGCACUUCUCUGGAGAACUCUUUUGCCCACUUACAAAUAAACGGAGACAGUAUGGCUGAAAGGAGUCAUAGGGGAGAGGGAGAGGAGGACCACGAAUCGUCAUCUUCUGGUAGGGUGCCAGCCCCUGACACCUCUGUGGAGGAGACUGAAUCGGAUGCUAGCAGCGAUAGCGAGGAUGUGUCUGCUCCCCUCCAGCAACACCCAUCCUCUGCCCAGCAGAGACACUUGAAUGCAAACGCAAACCAGUCUGGAGCCGAUAGACCAGUGGCAGGGGGAGGGGUGGCAAACGCAAGCGUAAGAUCUAGGAGGCCAGAUGGACAGUGCACAGUCACUGAAGUGUAAAUCUGGAGCCAUGCGAUUUAAAAUCUCAGUCUCCUAUCUGUAAAUUUUCUGUCCACAUUGGCAUUGCACUCAAACCUAGCAGUGUGUUUGGUGGGAGGGUGGGGUGAAGGGAAGAAACAGAUUUGGCCUAACUUAAGUCUUUUAACACGUCUUAGCUGGAAGACUAACUGUAAGAAACUGGGUUGUCCUGUUAAUGGUUUGAAAGCUGCUUAGCAAUACCCGGUUUUCUUGAAAAUGUCUUGUGUUUUUUUUGUAGCAUUUCCCCCUUGAAGAUACUCUAUCCCUUUUUGGCCAAUGUAUAUCUACUGUACAACUUGAAUCGUCUUCAUUAUCUGAUUGUUGCAUUAAGUGUCUUACUACUUUCUGCAUGGAUUGAUGUAUGAAAAGAACACUAAAGCAAUGCGGGAGCAGACAAGAUGUUGGGUGUGAGCAGGAUGCUUAAUUUAAUGUGAGAAAAAUAGAUGUGAGUUUGGAGUUAAAACGUGUUUUUACUAGACAAAGAGCAAGCAUUUACCUUCCUUCGAUGGAAAUGUAAAAAUGCUGUUAACUUUUGUUGCAACUUCUUACCUAUACGCUUCAUGGCAUUUUCAUCAGCUUUGCCAUCUAGUCCUUGUAGUUCUGUUUUUGAAGUCUUUCUUGAUCUGUCUCGUUUUUGUUACGGAAUUUAUAAUUUAAUAAAACUACAUUUUAUCAGUAA